UCAUCAUUAUUACUAUUCAAUUUAUCAAAAACCCCCAAUACACAAAAUUAGGGUUUAUCAAAAUAUCAUCAUAAUCAUCAUGAUUCGAUCAUCUUCACGUACUUUAUACAAGUUCGCUUCUUUAUACAGAUCCUCACCGUCUGUUCCAUUGCUCCGGCCACCCAUCACCUCCGCCGUCGUCCGGCGUUUCGCCACCACACCAUAUAGAAGCCAAACGGAUGGAAAGUUUAGUCCUUUAGUUUCAUUAAGGUCAAGAUUCCAAUUUUCUUCUAGGGUCAAUGGAAUGAGUAAUGUGAGGGUUCUGGAGACGAGAUCGUUUUCCUCGAAAGCUUCGAGAUCGAAAAAUGAGAAUGCCUCAGAGGCCAAGAAAGGUUUAUCAACAGUUGAGGAGGAUCCAUUUGAUUCACUCACUUAUAAUAUACCAGACAAGCCAAUGACAUUUACAGAAGGAGCUUCAUAUAGUAUCGUAAUUCUGGCAGGGCUUGGUAUUGCUGCUGUGGCAGGAUAUGGUGUUUUCAAAGAACUGAUUUUUGAACCAAAAGAGUACAAGGUUUUUAACAAGGCGCUGGCCAGGGUUCAAAAUGAUAGUCAGGUUAGGGUCAGGAUUGGGUCUCCUAUUACUGGAUAUGGUCAGGAAACCAGAAAUCGAGCAGCUCGCCAACGUAUCCCUAAUAGAGUUUGGAAGGAUGAUGAAGGCGUUGAGCAUAUUGAGGUUCAUUUUUACAUCCGAGGGCCACAUGGAGCUGGCAAGGUUUUCACCGAGAUGUUCAAAGACAAAGAAGACAAGCAAUGGAAGUUCAUGUAUCUGCAAGUGGAGAUCAGCUCGCCAUCCCAAUCAAGAAUGCUCCUUGAAUCUUAUCUUCCUGCCUGAUUCGAGAAAUGCGCUAAAUGAUUCAACCUUAGCAAUCCAUAAGGCAAUGAUUAAAAACACAAAAAAAAAAAUAAAUAAAUGCUCCCCAUUUUCACAGAUAUGCAAAACACAACUGAUUGACUCAUAUAAGCGCCAAGACUGCCUGAUAGGUUUGUUCAAGGCUGCCUCUGUUUUUUCACGACUUAUUGUAGCAUGUUGUUCGCGUAGAUGUUAUAUUUUUGUACCAUCUUUAUCUGGUUUCAACUGUCAAGUAGUGCUUUGUUCACUUAUUUUUGGCAUGAAUAAACUGUAUUUGAUUUAAGCAGUAAAGUGAAGGAGAACAAAAGUAGAACGCCAAGAAUUUGUUAUAGUUAUUUGUGAAAGAAGAAGCCAUUGUGAUUUCU